CUUCCUCCCGCAAGUACAGGCCAGACAUCCCCAGCUUAGCCUCUAGACCUACCCAGUACGCAUACCCCUGCCCGGAUGACUGUCACCACUCUUUCAGGCUUCUCGGGCCCGCCCACCGCCAGCCAGACCUUCGGCACCCUCCGUCUCUCCGGGCCCGCUGCAGAAUACAGCCGCACGCGCCGCCCCCGAACGCGCUCGCGCUCGCGCGCGCCGCGGCGCAUAUCCGAGUCGGACACGAGCACGCUCCGGCCGGAGGAGGGACGCUGCGUCGUGCAGCUGACGGGCUACGACCAGCACGCGGCGACGGCGAUCAGGGCCGCGAGCACGGCGGGCGAGGACGUGCUCGCGCUCCCAUGGACGGGCUGCGACACUGUGAUGUCGCUCAUGAAGCGGAUAGAGGGCAUGCUCUGCAUCCCGCUCAUGUAUUGGCGCCUCGCAUGUGACGGCGAAGUGCUCGACCCCGCCAUAUCGACCCUCACUCACCCGCAGUUCCUCAAGGGCUCGUCCGUAGGUGAGCGCGCCGCCGUCCCUCACAAAUUCAGAUGCACACCGAUCCGUGCCUUGCAGACCUCGUAUUGGUGCCCUUAGGUGCCUUAGAUCAGUUCGCAGACGAUCAACAAGCAACGACGUCAUCAUCGUCUGUGCCGGCAUUCCAGGAACCCGGACAGGCCUCCUCGAACAUCGCGCAAGCGCUGGCGGGAUCCGGGAAGGGUGCAUUAGACGUCUGGUCCCCGCUGAGGCUCUCGGAGCUUCCUGACCGCGGAAGCUAGUCGUAGACGACUGUUGACGCUGAGUUGUGUGAUGUCAUUCUCUUGUUGCAUUCGUACCUUGUCUUUGCACCGUCCCCUCUCGUCGAUUGUACUCUUCAGACUUGUACUGACUACGCCGGACC